AUGAGCGAGGUGUAUAAGAGGCGGAAUCGGUCGACUGCGUACUACACCCUCAGCAUCAUCCUAGGGACGGUCGCGCUGUCAUAUGGCUCGAUCUGCCAAACAACCGGCUACGGCGGACAGCCCGUACGGGCACACGGCACCGCGGGCAGCGGGGACGGCUCCCCCGAAGACCUAGCCUCGCGGCUCGAGCCCGUGACGGACGCGCGGCGGAUCCGCGUGACAUUCUCGUCGUCCGUGUCCGACGUGCUACCGUGGAAGUUCACGCCGCAGCAGCGCGAGGUGCGCGUGCUGCCCGGCGAGACGGCCCUCGCCUUCUACACGGCGACCAACAACUCGGACAAGGAUAUUGUUGGGGUGGCGACGUAUUCCGUGACGCCGGCCCAGACGGCGCCGUAUUUCAGCAAGAUCCAGUGCUUCUGCUUUGAGGAGCAGCGGUUGGCGGCCGGGGAGACGGUGGAUAUGCCCGUGUUUUUUUAUUUGGAUCCGGAUUUGUUGAAGGAUUUGAAUAUGCGCAAUGUGCAUACCGUGACGCUAAAUUAUACCUUCUUUACAGAGGCGAGGUAUGACGAUAAGGGCAGGUUCCAGGGCGCGCCGGGGUUUUGA